AUGCGCUCCGACGUAACUCGUAAGCACCUAUCCCUUGAGGAUCAAAAGAGGAUUAUUUUUGAUCGACUCUGCCUGGCCUGGGAAGGAGGUGACUGGCUUCCAUCGGAUGUGCUUGCUUGCAACCUCUCUCCUAGCACCGCAGCUAUGCAGUGCAUAGACAAGGCCACCACCAUGGCCCAGUCUCAGAAAAAGGAGCUUUCAUUUCUCUGGGGCCCCAACGGACCCCUCCACAUUGCUUUCCAGAGCUCUGGCCAAAUAUUAUCAAGCGACUUCUGCUCCAUGGUCAAUCGCAUGGUUGAUGAUUGGGAGGAUGUCAGCCGCUCGACGAUGCAACGGCAACAAAACUUGGGCAUAGAAGCCCAGAGGAUGCUUGAUCAGCUGUCCCAAAUCCAAUCCAUGUCCAAGAUGUCGACGGCUAAUGUGAAAGAUCCUUCCAGAUCCGGUGUUUUCGACGAUCGAAUCCCGGGAGUUCAAAUAGAUCUCAACUACAUUAAACAGCAAAUCGACGAGGCAUGUAGCCGUAAAUUGCACGACUUGUUGUACAUCGUCACUCUUCAGUUCCAACUGCGAGAGCAUGAUGGUCUGUUUCUUAGUGAUGCUGACGACCCAACCAACGGUGACCGUAAGAUGAGAGACGCAAGUCUAGAGCCGACCCAAACCACCUCGACUCAAAGCCAGGCGGACUUGAUCGCGUCAGAAAUAAGUAAAGCAACUCAAGAAGCCAAAAUAGCCGAGGCAGACAUCAAUAAGCUCGAGAGUAAGCUUCAAGCUAUGACGGGAACUGUUCAUGAACUUAUUAAGGCUCAGAAAGGAACAUGA